AUGUUUCAUUCCACUCCUAUUCCCCGUAUCGAAAUCUCCGACGAAACCCAGGAGGAGUACGAGCUUGAGGACUUCGCGGAUAAUGGUUCCAACAGUAUAUCUGGUGAUCUUGGGGCGAUGAUUCGGAAUAGACAAAGAGCUAGGAAACCAGCGGAUCUACUGUCGAUACGACAACAGAAGAUGGUCGAGACCGGACAACGCUCUCUGCCUGCGCUUCUGAUAGCGGAACAGAUCGUGAAACUACGACGAGAAUACCGCAGACUCGAGUCUAUGUUUUCUGCAUUAACCCCUGUGGACGAGCUGGUUUCAGAGUACCUGUCAUUGAAACAUGUCUGGCUUGAGCGUCAAUUAGCGACGUGCGCUUCGUCAAUCAUGGAUGCCGAACUCGAACAUGGCCGAAUCAGAAAUGCCCGACUACAAAGGCUUGAAGACCGCUUGGCUGCACUCACCCACUGCAUUUCAUACUAUGAUGGCGUGAUGCGCACAACAGAGCGCACAUUGAAAUUGUUGCAGCUCGAAUCGGACAUCUCCGCACUAGUGCUAUCUACCAGUGACUUGAUAGAGGAAGUCGGUGAAUUUCUCAGGCCAUGCAUAUCCGCUAGAGAAAAGAUCAAUGACAUUCUGGAGAAAAUAAAGUCUUUAGGAGAUGAUUACGAAGACGUCAGACGCAUUUUUCGAAUGGCCGAGUCUAAUCUGAUAAUGAUACAGCUGGAUCUCGAGAAUAUUAAGAAUGAUAGACGAUAUUUCACUCCCGCAGUGCGAGAGAUUUUCCAUCAUCAUUACAUGGCUCUUGGUACGAUUAUAUCAUCGACAAUGGCAACCUCGCAUAUCUUCCGCUCAUACCAUCUUUCGAGGAAACUGUCAGAAGGCCCACUAGGUCGGGCGUGGUAUCCAUAUCUACUGCGCAAGUAUGCAACAGAGAAGAACUCCAGGGAUACCAAGUCAGAAACCCGGCGAGACUCUAUCAUGGCUCUCAUUUCUCCUCGAAAAGGUCCUCGCAAAUCGCCCCGUACAGCAACGGUUCUUCCGCAGACAUACGCAAAGAUCCUGCAACGGUUCUAUUUGAGCAGAUUGGGCAAGAGGAGAUCUUCUUCUAACUCCUUGUUGAAUAUAUAUUGGAGGCAAUUGGAUGUUCUGGCCCCUUUCGACCUCAUCCUUCGCUCUACAAAUAUCAUCUCCAAACGGCUGAUGGAUCUCGCAAGAUCACUCUCCGCAGGGAAUAGCGACAUGUGGUUAAAUAUUAGAAGCGAUACCCGCGUUAUGUUUCGAGAAAAAACCAAGAGACUCUUUCGCCGCUGGACCGCUCAUCGUUUCGAAUUUCUCGCGGCGUACCAGUCACUGGUUUACAUCAACUGGCUGCGAUUGGAGACCGAGAAUAAGCUUUAUGCUCUUGGUGAUCGCACAGUCGGUCAUGGAGUUCUUACUCCGCCGAGAAAUUUGAGUCAUGACACUCGAGCUUUCCUUCGAUGGACUUAUCAAGUGGCGGCCGACGAGGCCGAGAUCAUCUCAUUGACACUAAAAGACAAGCGGACUACGAUCUUCAGGAUAGCAAAUGACGAUCCGCCAAUGUCCCAUGAGCAGCGCCAGACGUACAGUGAGAUCAUGCUGGACUAUGGAUCUGAAAGUUCUGAAAGUUCUUUCCCCUCGCCGUAUGGACGUACUGCAACGAGCAUGCAUCCCCACAAGGUUACAGGUCUUCGACUCGGCCCGUUGCUACGAAAGUCGAGAGCAAAGCCAGUAGCUAAAUCAAGGGAAGAUUCAGACAGGAAAGCGGACCCGAAAGUCGCUACUAUGUCGAGGAAGGGUCAAGGAUACAAACGCGAUGGCUUGAAGAAAAUAGAUGCGACAAAGACCGAAAAAUGGCGCACUUCACCGCGUCCUCCUAGGUAUGGGGAUCAUGGGCAACCGAGCGCUCCUCGCCGCAGACCAUCGGACUGGCGGCUGAAGAGGCAGCAGCAGAAGAAGCACCAGUACUUGGAUAGUGGGCUUAGGAGGGUAAGACAACCCGUCGAUUUCGGAAAGUUCUCGUUCAGCAGAAGAUCGUAUACCUCUGGAUCGGCUAUCACGCGCGUAGGCGCAACAGAGAUUGGAAGGUGCGAUCCAAAUCUUGUGCCUGGCCCGAAUUCUUCAUUGGCACCCGUUGUUAGUUUCGACAGUGAGGGGUGUCGACAGCAGAAUACGGCCACAUCUGGGUUGAAAUAUUUCCUCGAUAGCCCCGUUGUAGGCUUCGACAUCGAAUGGAAGGCACAGGCAUCAUUAUCAGAUAGUAUUCAAAACAAUGUAUCUCUGAUACAGCUGGCAAAUGAGGAACGGAUAGCGUUAUUCCAAAUCGCGCUAUUCAAACCGGCUAAGACGCUCAACGACCUCGUGGCCCCAUCGCUCCAGAAAAUCCUCGAAUCUAGCGAUAUCACGAAGGUGGGCGUGUCUAUCCGAGCAGACAGUACCCGCCUGCGCAAGUUUCUGGGGAUCGAUGCACAUGGUCUCUUGGAACUCAGCCACCUAUAUAAGCUGGUGAAAUACUCUCAGUCCAAUCCAAAAAUGGUUAACAAAAGACUGGUGAAUCUGAGCCUUCAGGUCGAAGAGCAUCUUGGGCUGCCUUUAGACAAAGAUGACGACGUGAGGCGAAGUGACUGGACCCGGCCGCUGGAUUACAGCCAAGUCCAGUACGCUGCUACAGACCCGUAUGCCUGUCUUUGCUUGUUUAACGUCAUGGAAGCAAAGAGGAAAGCACUUGAUCCUGUUCCGCCGCGCCCGGCUUUCGUGGAGCUGGAUCUUCCUAUUCGUUUUGCAAGUGGAGAAGCCGUAUCCGUGGAUGCAACUCCGGUGGAGGAAACAGCUGGUCCUGAUCCUGAAACGUCUGGAUUUUCACAUGACGACCGUCCCAAGGAGCGCGGUUUAUAG